AGAAAAAAAUUUUAAAACCAAACCCUCGUUCGCUCUCGCGCUCUCAUCGUCUACGUCGCCAUUACCGAGGUCCGAGAGAGAGAGAGAGAGAGAGAGAGCUUGGAGCGUGCAACGACACCAAUGGCGGCGGAGGUGGCGGCGGUGGUGGAGGAGGUGAGGCGGGGCUUCGAAUCGGGGAGGACGAGGGCGUACGAGUGGAGGGAGGCGCAGAUUAGGGCGAUCGCGAGAAUGAUCGCGGAGAGGGAGGGGGAGAUCACGACGGCGCUCCGCGACGACCUCGCCAAGCCCGAGAUCGAGUCCUAUCUCCACGAGGUUUCAAUGGCAAAGUCUUCCUGUAUGUUUGCUUUAAAAGAACUCAAAAAUUGGGUGAAACCAGAAAAGGUGAAAAGCUCUAUAACAACCUAUCCAUCAACGGCAGAAAUUGUGUCGGAGCCACUUGGGGUGGUUCUGGUUAUUUCAGCAUGGAACUAUCCCUUCUUGUUAUCUAUCGACCCAAUCGUUGGAGCUGUUGCUGCUGGUAACGCUGUUGUUCUGAAGCCAUCAGAACUCGCGCCAGCUACAUCAUCCUUAUUUGCAAAAAUUUUACCCGAAUAUGUUGAUAACUCAUGUAUAAAAGUUGUAGAGGGGGCGGUUCCUGAAACCACUGCUCUCUUGGAGCAAGAGUGGGAUAAGAUAUUCUAUACAGGUAACGGGAAAGUAGCUCGGAUUGUGAUGGCCGCAGCUGCAAAGCACUUAACCCCCGUAGUUUUGGAGCUAGGAGGGAAAUCUCCUGUCGUCGUGGAUUCAAAUAUUGAUCUCGACGUUGCUGCUAAAAGAAUUGUGGUGGGCAAGUGGGGAUGCAACAAUGGACAAGCUUGCAUUGCUCCGGAUUAUAUCGUAACCACAAAAUCAUUUGCCCCACAGCUGGUGGAUGCUUUGAAAACAACUUUGGAGAAGUUUUACGGGAAAGAUCCAUUAGCGUCGAAAGACUUGUCUCGGAUUGUGAACUUCAAUCAUUUUAACCGAUUGACAAGUUUAUUGGAUGACGAAGGAAUCUCCGACAAGAUUGUAUAUGGAGGCCAGCGAGAUGAGAAGGGCCUGAAAAUAGCUCCUACGCUGUUAUUAAAUGUUCCAAAUGAUUCGCCCAUUCUGAAGGAUGAGAUAUUUGGUCCCUUGCUUCCAAUUGUUACUGUUGAUGAAGUUGAGGAUAGUUUUAAUAUCAUCAAGUCGAAAACAAAGCCUCUCGCAGCAUAUCUCUUUACCAAGAACAAGAAACUGGAAGAGGAGUUUGUGAAAAAUAUAUCUUCUGGGGGUAUGCUUAUAAAUGACAUUGCCUUGCAUCUAUCCAACCCGUAUUUGCCAUUUGGCGGAGUCGGAGAGAGCGGGACCGGCUCUUACCACGGCAAGUUCUCUUUCGACGCAUUCAGCCACAAGAAAGCGGUUUUAUCCCGGGGUUUUGGUGGAGAAGCCCGUGCGAGGUAUCCACCAUACACGCCACAAAAGCAACGAAUUCUACGGGGAUUGAUCGACGGGAGUAUCAUUUCCCUACUUCUCGCUCUAUUCGGAUUCCCUAGAGAUUAGUUACUCCGUUUAAUUUUUAGUAUUUUUGUUUAUAUUUAUGCAGGGGCAACACAUGAAGUUCAUUGGUUACUUGAUUUUUUAUUUUUAUUUUUAUUUUUAUUUUAAAACCUGUAUAGUGAGGCUACAUUUUCUUUUUUAGAAAUUAAACUUUGUGAUUAUGUUUUUCAUCAACAUAUAUUUGAAUUAAAUUUA